CUACUCCACAAACCCAGGACCUUCCCACUUCCUCCCUCUUCUUCUUCAUCUUCCAUAAAUUUCCAAGAUGGUCACUGUCGAAGAGAUCCGCAACGCCCAGCGUUCCCGUGGCCCCGCCACCAUCCUCGCCUUCGGCACCGCCACCCCCUCUAACUGUGUCCUCCAAGCUGACUACCCCGACUACUACUUCCGCAUCACUCAGAGCGAGCACAUGACCGAUCUCAAAGAGAAGUUCAAGCGCAUGUGUGAAAAAUCUAUGAUAAAGAAGCGGUACAUGCACGUGACGGAGGAGCUGUUGAAGGAGAACCCCAACAUGUGCGCUUACAUGGCCCCGUCUUUGGACGCUCGUCAGGACAUGGUGGUGGUUGAGGUCCCUAAGCUCGGCAAAGAAGCGGCCGUCAAGGCCAUCAAGGAGUGGGGUCAACCCAAGUCCAAGAUCACCCACCUCGUUUUCUGUACCACUUCUGGGGUGGACAUGCCCGGCGCCGAUUAUCAGCUCACCAAGCUCCUCGGCCUCAGACCCUCUGUCAAGCGACUCAUGAUGUACCAGCAAGGCUGCUUCGCCGGAGGCACCGUGCUCCGGCUCGCCAAGGACCUCGCCGAGAACAACAAGGGCGCCCGUGUUCUCGUUGUCUGCUCUGAGAUCACCGCCGUCACCUUCCGUGGGCCCUCCGACACUCACCUCGACUCCCUUGUGGGCCAGGCCCUCUUCGGGGACGGCGCUGCAGCCAUGAUCAUCGGUGCCGAUCCCGACACAUCCAUCGAGCGCCCGAUCUUCGAGCUGGUGUCUGCGGCACAGACCAUCUUGCCCGAUUCCGACGGAGCCAUCGAUGGGCACCUGCGGGAAGUGGGUCUCACGUUCCACUUGCUGAAGGACGUUCCCGGAAUUAUCUCGAAGAACAUUGAAAAGAGCUUGGUGGAGGCGUUUAAUCCCAUUGGCAUCAACGACUGGAAUUCCAUCUUCUGGAUCGCCCACCCUGGUGGCCCGGCGAUUCUGGAUCAGGUGGAGGCCAAGCUGGGGCUGAAAGAAGAGAAGCUCGCAGCGACCAGGCACAUUCUGAGCGAGUACGGAAACAUGUCAAGCGCGUGUGUUGUCUUCAUAUUGGACGAGGUGAGGAAAAGGUCGAUGAAUGGAGGCAAGGCCACCACCGGAGAAGGGUUGGAGUGGGGCGUCUUGUUCGGGUUCGGGCCGGGUCUGACGGUGGAGACAGUGGUGUUGCACAGUGUUCCCGUGUAAUGGAAUUACGAGGGGACGCUGAUCAUGAGAACUCAGAAAUUUAUGUUUGUCCGAAGGGGAGGCAGAAGCUGAAAUAAGGACAUGGAAAGGUCGACUAUUACAGUGCAUUUACUAUUUCAAAUGUUUGUCAGUACAGUAUCAUCGGAUUCACGCGAGAUCAGUUACUUGGUAGGUACGAUCCUGUGAUAAUGCUGUGAACCCAAUUUGCAAGCCGAGUGUAAUCUUUCGCUUGAUUUUGAUGAAAGGCGCACUUUUAUCUUUUUCAGUCUUCUAA